UGCAGGGCCAGGCUUACGCCAUAGAUCAUUCUUUAACGAGGAACACUCGGUGGUGCGGACUUUGCCCGGUGACGGGGUGUCGCAGUCGCUGCCCAGUGCAGAUGAGGUGGGGGGAGCUCCACUAUCGAUGGAUCGUCGCGAAGCACACCUGCUGCGCUCACGUCACCGUGCAUUAAAGGAAGGGAGUCGAUUUUCUUGUUUCUUUUGUAGUUUAUAUUGAUUUGAUUUGAUUUGAUUUGAUGUUUACCGAGCUCGCCUCGUCUUGUUGCUUGCGAAACCACAUUCACCUUCACCGGAGUAUCGUAUCCCGGGCUAAUUACAAAGUACAUUACCGAUGAUCUUCUGCAUGGAUUUGAUCUUGGCUGAUGGGACGCCGAGCGUCGGUAAGGAGUUUGUGGGAUCGCGAUGCUCGUGUGUGAAUGGGCGUGUGGGUGGAGCGUCGUUCUAGUCCCUCUCGGUAAUGCCGCUACCACCAGAGGAAGAAGAGCACCAAUGCAAUCACAGUAUGUAAUUUUCACAGACGUGGUGGGAGGUCAUCUUGUUUUUGGUUGCUCAAGUGCUUCUUUAGGGAUGUGUUUGACAUUUUACAUGAUGCUUGGAGCUACUAGUUCGUGAUUAUUAUGAUGAAAAAAUGAAGCCUCAGAGCCGUGUGCUUAUCAGAGUGUAGACAAGUAAAAUGUCUGAUACCUUCAAUGAAAAGGUUGGAAGCGACACUCAUGAAAUCGUACCUGUUCGAGAGGAAAAACGGCCAAAGCUUUCCAUUGAUGUACCCACAAGAAAUAUGGGGCUUUCCUCCAUGAAUUAUCUAAAAGCAAAUGUGCCUUUAACGCCGGGUUCCGAUUCCAAUAGGAUAAAUAUUCUCCCAAUAUGUAGCCCUGCAUCUGCAAAAAUGCAUGCAUCUCCAUGCUCGACAUCAUCUAAGGGUAAACCUUUCAUAAAGAAACUUCUUUCAGGACUAAGCUUCAAGUUCCAGCCUUCAGCUUCAGAAGUAGAGAGAUACGAGACUCAAGCUCCAGAGGCAUAUUCUGCGGAAAAAGGGGAAAAACCUUCCCUGUUGGGCUCGUUUUCCUUUUCAAAAUUAUUCAGCCCGAGAAUUAGGAGGACAUCAUCGUUGCCAAUCAACUCAGAUUUACAUGGCAAGAGUCCACAUGGCAGUACAAUGGUUCAUAACAGCUCCUUGGAAAGAAAAGAGGUCCAGCAUCAUAUAUCUCGUUCGCUUUCACUCCCCACAGAUAUCAAACAUAUCAAAUCUAAAAGUAUCAAGAGGAUGAACUCCCUAGGCGGUGUAUUCCGAGUAAUUCCUUCUACUCCACGUGUGGUGGACUUGAGUAGCCCAGUGGCAGAUUCCAUCACUCCCAUAGACUCUGCUAUUGAUGGUGAUGGUGAGGACAUACCUGAGGAAGAGGCUGUCUGUCGAAUCUGUAUGACAGAGUUGUCAGAAGGCAGUAAUACUCUCAAGCUAGAAUGCAGCUGCAAAGGUGAACUUGCAUUAGUCCAUCAAGAAUGUGCUGUCAAGUGGUUUAGCAUUAGAGGGAAUAGAAAUUGUGAAGUUUGUGGGCAGGAUGUUGAGAAUCUAUCUGUAAGACUGCUACGAGUGCAAAGUGUUCAGACGGCUACAACACUCCCAGGCAUGUCCAGACAAAGAACAGUGUAUUUUUACAGGUUCUCGCACGAGAUGCCUGUUCUCACCAUCAUCAGCAUGCUUGCGUAUCUUUGCUUCCUCGAGCAGCUAUUGGUAGCAGAUGUCGGUACUGCUGCACUAGCUAUUUCGGUGCCCUUCUCAUGCAUCUUGGGAGUAUUGGCAUCCCUCACCGCAUCAACCAUGGUGAUGAAGAGAUUUGUUUGGAUCUACGCGACGGUUCAGUUUAUGUUGGUGGUCUUCUUCGCCCAUCUUUUCUACUCCUAUCUUCAUAUGCAAGUCAUUAUAUCCAUCGUCCUUGCUAUGUUUGCUGGAUUUGGUGUUGCGAUGAGCGGAAAUACGAUCGCCAUCGAGUCGUGGAGAUGGAGGAGGAGGAGGAGGUGGCACGUUGCGUCAGCUGGCAGUCUCACUCCUCUAGAGAUUGUGCCAUCGUCGAGCCGACAACAGGAUCUCCCUGCGGGUGGCCGAACCAUACCUGGCCCGCCGGAUGUUCUGCCGCCGCUUCCGGUACACCGCCGCCCCCAUCCACGCCAGUGCCGCCGCCGCCGCUAUUACCCCUACCGCGAUCUCCGUCUUGUUCCCACUCCCACCCUCUCCUCUCUCACCCGCCUCAACCAUCUCCGCGGUUUCGAUAGCUCCAGUUCGGAUCUCGUCGUUCGGCAAGGCCGACGACGACAGCGGAGCCAGAAGUGGAAGGGGGCUUCCAGGCAAUGGAGCCGGAGAAGGAAGGGAAGAGGCCAAGGGCGAGGGAGAUGGAGCGAGAGAGAUGCGCGCGGGCUCUAAGGGAGCAGGCGCCGACGACGACGAAGCCAGAGAGGACACGGAGUUCCCGGGCAAUGGAGCCGCCGAGAAAGGGGAAGAGGCCAUCGGCAAGGGAGAAGGUGGGAGGGAGAUCUGCGAGGACGAAGGAUCCGCCGUCGAGAGGAGGAAAAGCAGCAGCAGAGGAGGGAGCAAUGCUGUCACCGCCAUGGUAAGCCACCGCGCUCUCUCCCUUCACGAGGUGCCAAGGGUGAGAUAAAUAGAGAGGCGAUGGGUGGCCGUUACUGGCUGACGGACGUUAGAUUGGAUGGUUGGGAUGGAUGGAGUCUACGCAACGAACGAUGGAUCGAGACGGGCAGGUUGGUGAGGGAUAGGACGGGGCAACUUCUCAAUGUUAACGGGUCUCGGAUCUUCGAUCAAGCCGACUGCUUUGCGGAAGCGGACUAUAUUGGAUGAUCUCGGCUCAAGACACCGAAACGGGCGAACGAGGUUAUCAAUGCGGAUCCCGUUACGCCUCCUCUCCUCUUCGUACGGCUUUUUAGACAGCGUGGGAUACGCCUUAUUUUCGGUGAUGGACUUCAAUCAUGCAAAGCAUGCGAUCCUCCGAACCCGCGCUGCUGCCUAUCUUUCAACUCCUCCAAGUAAACCAAAGGAAAGAAUUCCUCCGUGCUCAGAUCCAAAAGCUUUCUCUGGGUGAUAGUAAACGCAUGUUAUAUUGGGACGUGAGCUACAAGAAGAUAAUAUUAGAUCUAGUAUUAUAAUAAUUGUUAGUGAACAAACGUGUCGUGGUUGGUGAGUUAGCACGGCCUGAUCCAUGGGUCAAUGUCGAGAGUCUUCUGUCAGCUGAGCUGGAUGUCAAGGUCGAUCGAACCCUCGUGACGGGAUAUUGAUCAAUGCCGAGGUCGUUCAAACCCUCAUGACGGGGUAUUGAUCUGCGUUCCUUGU